UUCAGUUUCUUUGCCACAAGUGAACGAGGGCCAAAGGGAGGCAUCUUCUUUGUUCUCAGAGCCUGCCCUGGAACUAGCCGCGUGCCAUUCGGAAGACGCAGCUGUGCCGAGUGUCGAGGCAGUGGCUCUCCCUCCCUGGCUCCCCAGCCAUGGCCUGGCAGCUCUCUGCAGUGGUGGUGCUCUUCGUGUCCCUGGCUGUGAUUUUGUAUUAUGGCAGUCACGUCAGAGCGAAUGUGUUUCCAGAAAUCACAGACUAUUCUCAACCGACCACAGCGGCAACCAUACAGACCAGAGCGCAACCUUCCCUCUCGCAACCAACUAACCAAGUGCCUCACAAAACUUUGGCAACAAGAUCAAUGGAUGGUCAGGUCACCUCUCAAACAGCUGCCACAACCGUCAACCCUGAGACCCCAGUCACACACACGACAAUAAAAACUGCAGCAGCAACUUCCCUGGUAACUACAAACAGCACCCUGUCCACCAGCCCAAUAACCAACACCCUACUCACAACUCUGGCUACACCCGACAACACACACACCACCACUCCAGUCACUGAGGCUACAAUCGGCCCCAGUGCAGGUCCCGGUUCACCGCCCACCACCAUCACCACCACCUCAUCAGCCUAUACAACUGGAACCAGGUCAUCGACUGUCAGCCACACAACUGGGAAAACCACCCAACUCAGUAACCAGACCACCCUUCCAGCAACUUUGUCCACCUCACCACACAACAGCACAACCAGCCAGAAUCCCGCUCACUCCACCCACACCCCAGGACCAACCACAGGCACAUGCAAUACCACCCAAACGGCCUCACCUACCACCACGGCUCCUGGGCCCACCCUCGCACCUCAGCCCUCGUCAGCCAAGACUGGAAUGUACCAAAUUCUAAAUGGAAGCAAGCUGUGCAUCAAAGCAGAGAUGGGGAUACAGCUGACAGUUCAAGACACAAAGUCGGCUUCUCCACCUCAGGGAUACUUCAACAUCGACCCCAACACAACUCAAGUCUCAGGGAUCUGUGGCUCCCGAAAAUCCAACCUUCUCUUGAAUUUCUGGGGCGGAUUUGUGAAUCUCACAUUUACCAAGGAUGAAAACUCAUAUUAUAUCAGUGAAGUGGGCGCCUAUUUGACCGUCUCAAAUCCAGAGAAAACUUACCAAGGAAUGAAAAGUCCUGUGGUGAUGUUUGAGACUGUGAUUGGGCAUUCCUUCAAGUGUGUGAGUGAACAGAGCCUCGAGCUGUCAACCCAGCUUCACCUGAAAACAACGAAUGUCCAACUUCAAGCCUUUGAUUUCGAAGAUGACAACUUUGGAAAUGCGGAUGAAUGCUUCAGUGACAGAAACAGGAGAGAGAUCCCUGUGGCCGUGGGCCUGAGUAUCACAGGACUGCUUGUCGUUUUGCUAACAGCAUGCCUGGUGGCCAGAAAGCAGCCCAGUAGAGGAUACGAACGCAUGUAAAACCCACCUUCUUCACAAUGUGCAAGGUUAAGACCUUGGGGACUCUGGCUUCACAUUCAGCCUGAAAUGAAGGGAUUGACUUUUUAGCUGUGUGUCCCACCCUCCCACUCUGAUUAGGAAACCUAGCUUUCCACCACAGGGCCAUCUGAAGGCUGGCUAAAAUGAGCCCCCACCCCAUCUUCUCCUGUUAGCGUGGGGAGGCUGUGCCAUAUGGGCUCAAAUUCCAUCUUCCGUACCUGAUAAUCCAGGGCUGGCUGCGAGAAUUAGGGACCAGAGGCAGGGAUAUGAGCUAGGUUUGUGAGAAAGAGAAAGCAAAUACCCAAAGGGAGAACUGUGGGAAAGACAUCUUCAAACUGUACUGACUUUUCUUAUGCAUUUUCAAGAGUCUCAAUAUCCAGUUUUUUAGAAAGAAUAUUACUUUUAAAAAACUGAUCCAUUUCAGAAUAGAUUCUAAAGUGAUUUUAAACUCCUAGAUUUUGACCAAUUCCUGAUUUACUUAAAUUACAGAUGGUCUAAAUAGACUAUCAUUUUUAAAAAGACAUAUUCUAUACUAUUAUAAUGUAUUAUUAGUGAAAAACUAGAAAACUUCCCAUAAUUCAUUUUUUUAAUGUAAAGCACAUACCUAAGAUGUUGGCAAAUGAAGAGACUCAGUAAAUGUUAGUUCUCCAAUUCCUUCACCUUCAUUUGAUGUCUGCCUUCUGAACGCUUUUUUUUCCUGCUUUAUCUCUAUUUUCCUUUGAUUCUGGUCUAUCCUUGUAAAUUUGUUAAUUUGGGCCAUUGUGGGGAGAGGAGGCGAGCAAAGCUGCAAAACUUCAUCAGAAAUGGCAAGCAGAAGCAGUAGGUCUACCCCGAUUAUUACCCGCUUUCCUUUUUCAGCAAACAUUUACAAAAAAAUUGUAAACCAGGAAAUUCUGAUUGGAAGUGAGGGAUGUCUGGAGGAAAAGUUCUAUUAAAGUACGGCUAGGAAUGUUACUCAUGGUUUUCUAUUACAUUGACUAUUAAAUAGGAGAAUGGGGGUCUUAUUUCAGAGAAAUAGGAGAGUAACGGACUUCUGGAUGUUUUUAACUGCUUUUACCGAGAAGUUUUCUUGUUUUUCUACAUUUUCCAGAGGUGCCACUUUUUAUCUUUAAUGGAAAGUUUGUGAAAGUUGGCAACGAGUUUCUAACCACUGCUUAUCUAGGACAAGCACUGCUUUCCUUUGAGGUGUUUUAGCUCCCUCCACUUUCUCAGCAGUAAGCAGGGAGGGACGGCUGAGUGUCAGGAAAUUCCUGUUUCCUGCUUAUAGCAGGAGAUGUUGUUGAAAAGCUGGGGUGUGAGGAGCCUGUGUUGCCCAAAGUGACUCAGGUUUAACAGCAAGGGCUUGGCUCUAGAGAGAGGCCGUCUGCCUCCACCUGUUCCCUCCAACCAGCAUCAAUGGUACCCCCACUCCAGACUCUGUUUCCAGUUCUGCCUCAAGAGUUCUUGAAAGGUUCUAUACUGCCCAGCACAAGUUGUUUAUUCACGGUGCCCCUAACCAUUCUGUAGAAUGACUAAAGGAGGGUUCAUCUUCCAGCAUGUGGAAAAAGAAAUUCAAUUAAAAUCAAGAAAAGAAGGCUAAGGCUGUUUACUUAAGUUUCAUUUUCCUUCCUACCGUCUUCAAUGAGUUCUUCGGAGUGACGGCUAUUGCCUAGACUUCUGUUAUAUACCCACCACCCACUCCUGCCAGUUAUCUUUAAAAUUACUUUGAAUUAACAUUCUAGUAACCCCGAAGAGCAAAGGUUUCAUUUGAAAGACUAGGAAGUAAAUGCCUGGACGCAUUACUGCCUUGCAAUUAUGCCCACUUUCUGCAGUGACAUCCUGGGGGGUCCCAAGGAGGGGAAGUGCUGGGAUGGAGACUGCUGUCAACUGCAUGUCUGGAAGUGGCCUCCUCUGCCCCCUGGGGUUUGUGCUACCUCCGAGUCUGUCUCUUAGGGCUGCAGUUCAGUGGCUUCGAGGCUUAUUGCAGAAGCUGCUUGUCACUUUCUGGGGUCAGGGCAGAAGGCUGCUGUGAACGCUUGCGAUGCCCUGCAGGGACUUUCCUGACCUGUCUGCUGUCACUUGCCCCUUGCUGUUAGCUCACCUGCUGGUUGCCCAUCCUGCUGGUUUUAACUCGGUUUUCCCCUUCUGCUGAGGGUAGUGUCCUGAAUUCACCCCCUCCCCGCAACCCACCUGGAGAUAAUGGAAAUCCUCCUAGAGAUAAUAGAAACCUUCACUAAUGCCCACCCGCGGGUAACCUAGCCAUUGUUAAUUUUGAUACAUUUCCCUCUCAUGAGUAUUGUUUUACAGACUGGAAGCAUACACAGUACACAAUUUGCUAUCCUUUUAACCUGUGCAUCAUAAGCGUUUCUUCAUGCUGUUAAAGGUGCAAAGUAUCAUUGUUAUGGCUGCCAUGAUGAAUAUGCUAUCAACAAUAUACAGUAAUUUGCUUGACUAUUCUGUUACUGAGAAUUUUUGUUGUUUCUAGGUUUUCACAAUUAUAAUGUGAUUAAAGAACUACAUAUGAAUUACGUACAAAACAAACUUUGAUUAACAAAUGUGUAUAAAUGUGUGCCUGAAUUUUGGUUUUGUCCCGUAGAAUAAAUUGUUUAAAAUGAUUGUAAUUUA